UAUAUUUAAGAACAAUAUUUUAUGAUUUCCACGCCAAUACUCUAUAAAUCUGACAAAAACAUGAACAAGGGGAAAGAUACAGUAUUUACUGAAAAAUUUGAAAGGCUGAUGCUGAGGUUGUUUGAUGAGACAGCGAGUUGAAAGCUUUUACCAAGUUCAAAUGUAGCCCCUGGCAUUUCUUAUGCAUGAAACAACUAAAAAUCAUCCCACAGAGGAGAAUUGCCAAAGCUUACAUAAUCAGAUCAUACCCUCCCCCACCCUCCAAAAAGCAGCAAGGAAAAUGGGGAUACAAUUAUAGAAAUUUUAAGUAUGUAACUUUCAAGAUCAAAGUGCUUGCAAGGAAAUCUUGAAACUUAUUCAGCAUGGGGUGUGAUUUGUUUCUUCAGCCCCUGUUAUCUGCCCAACCUGGGCGUUAGAAAUAUUUUCCAUAUGAGGACAAUAUAAAGUUCACUGGGGAGCUGUGAUCUGAGCACAAGUAUUAUUUCUGGCUUGGUAACAACUCCUCUUGGGCUUCCAACCCACGCUCUUGCUUCUUUGGCCAUCAGAGACUUACCUUCCCUAUGAUAUUGCACUUGUUAUAAUCCUUCAGUUGAAGAUCAGCAACUGACCAGCAUUCUUUAAGGUAUAUGAUGCUAUUUCAGCUUUGCGGUGUCAUCUCUAUAGUAUAGAAACAUGCCUGUGUCUAUGCCUGUGAACAUGGCUAGGUCCAUUCCUUGCUAGUUUAAUUCUUCUCAACUUAGUCUUUCUUAAAUCUCGCUUUCUUCAGAUUUUCGUGUUGCUCUUUUAUUAUACCAUGGGUUUAUUCUUUGUCUGUUCAGUCAGGAGGAGGCAGUCACUAUGAAGAUCCCAGGGGCGUUGGUGGCUAUUUUGCUUCUGGGGGAAGUGGUGUCUCAAAGCAAAUGUAAUUCCAAAGCUCACGUGAAGACUCCUGCUCAGAAUCGAAAGGGUCGUAACCCAAGUGGGGAACUGGAGCACACUGCUGCUGAGGAUGAUGUCUUUGUGGGAUUUCUUCCUCGUAUGGAAGAUGCCUUGGCAUCACAGUUCAGAAGUGCCUCUCUCACUCCUUGGCAUGCUCAGAAGGCACCUGAGGACAUGAAGAAACUUUUCUUUCUGAAGAACCCCCUGAUCACCUGCAAUGAUGGGACAACAGCUGGGUAUUACUUAAGGGAGCACAAAGGGAGCAAGAGGUGGAUCAUAUUCUUAGAAGGUGGCUGGUGCUGUUAUAAUAAAGAAACAUGUGAUACCUGAUAUAAAAAUAUCCGUCGCUUAAUGAGCUCAUCUGAGUGGCCUCAAACAAAGAAAGGGACAGGCAUUUUGUCUGCCCAGAUGGAGGAGGGCCCUCACUGGUGGAAUGCCAAUGCAGUGUUUGUGCCUUACUGCUCGAGUGAUAUCUGGAGUGGAACUUUGCCCAAGUCACAGCAAGCCCCAUCUCUAUGGGUUAUUUGUCAAUUUAAUCACUUGUUGGUAAUCAUCUUCCUCCUCUUCUUAUAUUGUUGCUACUGGCUGGAAUUUCAAGUGGAGGGCAUUUCUUUGGCCAAAGCCUUGCAGUGCUGGGAGAAGAGCCUUCAAGACAGCAAAAAAGCCCCAAAGAUCCCCAUGAGAAGUUGUCCCUUCCAUCUGAUUGAUAACUGUCUAUGGCCCCAUUGCUACCCCACCUGCUCAGUUCUGCAUGACCAUGGCACAGGCCAAGAAGUGAACUUCAUGCAGACUUUAUUCAGGAUGCGGCUUGUUGUCCACAGGAAAGCUCAGGAGCUCAAAUCAGGCCCCAGUCAACUGAGAAUGCUCAGUAAUGGUGGCUAAUGCAUAAGCUUGACAUCCAUGUGGGUUAAUUGUAGCUUAGUGUCAAACAAUGCUGAUGUUGGCAAAAGUCAAGGGUUUCUGUAGUGUUUAGGCACAUAUUGGGAUGUUAUGGUUGUAAAGACUGAUGUUUAUGUCAAUCUUACCUUCUAUUGCUGCAGUUUCAAUCAGGUGAACUCACAGCUUCACUUGUACUCCACUGCAUUUUACAUAAGUCGCAGUAGGGUUUGGAGGCUGCUACACACUUUAGGGAUUUUUUGAGGGAUGGGCCAAACAAGGAUGAUUGUUGAACAAUCUUCAUUCACUUCCCUUUACACUCUGACUGAAUACCAUCAGAUUACUGGGGAUUAGCUGAAUGGAGUCUUCAUUUUGUAGGAUAAUUUAUGGAAGUCUGAUUUCCUAUUUUCAUUUUAGCUCCAUUUACUGCUGCUGAGACUAUUAAUAAAAAUGAGGAGUGUGAACAAAAUAUUGACCAAGCUUUCAAGGGCUUUGACUCAUUAGGAUGAAUUACUCUCAGUCAGAUUGAUUCCUCCUGUAGAAAAGCCCAGGAGAGCGGGCCGUUCAGACUGUGCAGAGUUGCUUCACUCAGUUCCCCCAUGUUGCCCAGUCAAGGGAGGAGGUUUGCCUCCUUGUGGAAUGAACACGAGACUCCUCCCACAGACCCAGAGAAAGCCAAGCAGAGUGGGGCUGAUGCACACCAGGCCACCAGGGCUUUCCACAUGGAAGCCUUGUAUCUCUACCCUA